CAGUGGUUAGUCAUAAAUGGGCGUUACUUGGGUCUUGUGACACAAGGAAAUAAAAAGUGCCAAGCAGAUAUCAUUCUCACUCAGGAAACCGACGGAGGCACCUGUUAGGGUCACGAAAGAGAGAAAUAUGGAUGUCCAGACCGGUUUCAUCGUUUUAUUCUGCUUGAUGUCGUUCACCUGUGCGGAGCCGGUGAAAUUCCGUGACUGCGGCAGUGCCACGGGCAAAGUGGCCAUUGUUGACAUUAGCCCUUGUGCCGUUCAGCCAUGCCAGCUCAAGAAAGGAGAGUCCUACAGUGUCAAUGUGACCUUCACCAGUGAUGUAAAGAGCUCGACAAGCACGGCGUUGGUUCACGGUAUUAUUGCUGGAAUUCCUGUCCCCUACCCCAUUCCCAACGAGGAUGGCUGCAAGUCUGGAAUCACGUGUCCAAUCCAGCCGCAGCAGACGUAUCACUACCUGAAUGCUCUUCCUGUGAAGACAGAGUAUCCUGCAAUAAAGCUGGUCGUGCAGUGGGAACUGAAAGACGAAACCAAGAAGGACCUGUUCUGCAUCUUGUUCCCCGUGCAGAUUGUGAGCUAAAGAAGCAACAGUGCCUCUGAUAAGUGUUGUGUUGUUGUUUUUUUUUGUUUUUUUUUAAAAGGGAUUCAGCUUUGAGUGAAGAAUAUGAAUGACUCUGAAGAUCAUAUGUUAUUCUUCAUAAAAUAGAUUUUUAAGAUGUCUGUCACUGGAAAGCAAGACUUCCACACACCUUUAAAUCCUGCUAAAAAUGAAUAACAGCUCUCUUUCGCUGCAAUCUUGAGUCAUUUUUUUUUUUAAGAGUUGUGAAAUGAUGUGGCUCCUUUUUCACUGAAUGACCCUGAACUACAUUCCACUUGAGUGCAAAUGUCUUGUCUUACUGGCUGCUGUGUAGUCUGUAAAGGUACACGAUUAAUUUAACCUUUUGUAACAUUUCCUACUAAACUUGUACUACUGGAAAACAUAUCAAAUUUAAUAAAGACAUCUGAAGUACCACA